AUGUACACGUCUAUGCAGCGACGAAGACAGGAUGACAGUUUGAAGCUCCGUGAAGGUCUGCUCGCAGAAUAUCUAGAAAAGCAAGAGGUGACGAGGAGUAGGCGGGAGAGGGAGGACGAGGAUGAAUGCACGAGAAUUAAGGAGGAAGAAGUGGAUAGGCUCGAGCGAAGAUCAGAAGAAGACAGGAAGCUAAUUCGAGAAAGAGAAGCGGAGUAUCAACAAAUACACGCGAGAAGAGCACAAGAAGAUAUGAAAAUGCUUUGUGAGCGGAAGGAAGAAGACAAGAAAAGGUUCCAAUUGACAGAAGUCAGUCGGAAAGAGGAGGCGGCUAGAAGAUUUGGGAGAUCGUGA